AUGGGGUCUGAGGAGAGGACUAUUUUGCCUGUUGUUUUGCUUAUUUCAGUGACUGAUCCUGAAGCCUGUUAUAUUGGUACUGAGCCGUGGAAACCCAAGGAAGCUUUGGAGGAAAAUGGCAUUAUUACUGACAAGGCAGACAUAUUUGCCUUUGGCCUAACACUUUGGGAAAUGAUGACUUUAUCUAUCCCACACAUUAAUCUCUCAGAUGAUGAUGAUGAUGAUGAAGAUAAAACUUUUGAUGAAAGUGACUUUGAUGAUGAAGCAUAUUAUGCUGCGUUGGGAACCAGACCACCUAUUAAUAUUGAAGAACUGGAUGAGUCUUACCAGAAAGUAAUUGAACUCUUCUCUGUGUGCACCAAUGAAGAUCCGGAAGAUCGUCCUUCUGCUGCUCAGAUUGUUGAUGCUUUGGAGCUAGAUGAGGAGUGACCAUGUUCACACUCACCUCAGCAUGAAGUAUGGCUUGUGUUUAUAACCGUUCUCUUCACUCAAUGUUUAGUUGCCAUGGUCUGUAGUCAUUGUACUCUGGACAUGGCCUAUUUUAGGGCCAUAUUCUUAGCAUAAGCACUUGGUGUACUGGGGUUUUCUGGGUCUAACAUUAAUUUGAAUCGAGUGACUGUUACAUUUAUUAAGAAUCUCAGAUAUUCUCUUUUACUGGAUGGAUCUGUAAAAUUAGCACUUUAUGUGGUACAAAGUGUACAUACAUUUAGCUGAACUUCUUGGCUGUUGUGUUUAUUAAAUGGUCUCUGGGACCUGAGGAGGGAUGAUGCACUCUGUGGGUAUCCUAGACUCUCCUCACAGUUUGUCCUGCUGCCUCAGCUCUCCCCAGACCUUUGGUGUUUAAUUUAUUAAAUUUGUUUUCCAUA